AUGGCCACCCAAUACCCACCCCCAUCGAAGCGCCAAAAGCGCGCACGAGCAGAACUCGCGCGCGAACAGCAAGACGUCGACACGACAAUCCCAGAUGGCACAGUACGAGUGCGCUUCGUCGACCAGGCCACAGGCGAAAGCGGCAGUCUCCCCGUCCUUACUGUUCAGCUCUCGCAAGCUUCAACCAAGAACCUCGAGAUCCUGCUCAACAAUCUGAAAGACCAAGCCGACGACCAGAUCCCAUAUCGUUUCUUCCCCGACGGAACAACCGAGGCGCUUGGAGACAAGGAGGACUUGUACAAUGCUUUGGUGAAGCCAGGGAAGGCCUCGGCGGAAAGCGAGAUUGUGUUGCAAUAUGCGCCGCAGGCUGUCUUCAGGGUGAAGGCUGUGUCGAGAUGCGCUGCAGCCAUCUCAGGACAUGGAGAUAACAUUCUGGCGGUGCAGUUCUCGCCUGUGAACUCGACGCGCAUGGCGAGCGGAAGUGGAGACAAGAUGGUCAGGGUAUGGGACUGCGAUACUGGAACGCCUGUGCACACAUUGAAAGGCCACUCAAGGUGGGUGCUUGCCGUUAGCUAUUCUCCAGAUGGCUCACUGUUGGCGUCCGGAGGCUACGACAACGAAGUCAGGAUAUGGGAGCCAGAAAGCGGGAAGCAGAUUGGAGGAGCUCUGAAAGGACACACAAACUUCAUCACAUCACUCUCCUGGGAACCAUAUCACCUACAGGAGCCUGGUCGCCCGAGGGUAGCGUCGUCUUCAAAAGACGGCACAGUACGAGUCUGGGAUGCGGUAGGAGGCAGAAUCGACUUCGCACUUUCUGGACACAAGGGCAGUGUAACGUGCGUCAAAUGGGGCGGUACUGGACGUAUCUACACCUCAUCCCACGACAAAACGAUCAAAGUCUGGAACGCUGCAACAGGCACGCUUGUCAACACGUUGUCAGGCCACGCGCAUUGGGUCAAUCACCUCGCUCUUUCGACUGAAUUCGUCUUGCGAACUUCAUACCACGACCACACACGGAAGGUCCCCGCCUCUCCCGAAGAGAAGCUUGCGAAAGCAAAGUUACGAUUCGAAAAAGCUGCUACAAUAAACGGCGAGAUUGUGGAACGUCUGGCCACAGCGUCCGAGGAUUGCACAAUCAUUCUCUGGACUCCUCUGACCAGUCCGAAGCCAGUAACGCGGAUGACUGGCCACCAGAAACAGAUCAACCAAGUUACAUUCUCGCCGGACGGCGCUCUCUUGGCUUCAGCAGCCUGGGACAAUCACGUCAAGCUCUGGUCGGCCAGGGAUGGAAAGUUCCUCAACACGUUAAGAGCACAUGUGGGCCCUGUAUACAUGACCUGCUUUUCUGCCGACAGCCGGUUGUUAGCGAGUUGCAGCAAGGACACGACCCUCAAGGUGUGGGAUAUGAGGACUGGCAAGAUGAAGGAGGACCUCCCAGGACACAAGGAUCAGGUGUUUGCAUUGGACUGGAGUCCAGAUGGCGACAAAGUUGGCAGUGGAGGAGCGGACAAGCAAGUGAGGAUAUGGAGAAACUGA